AGUCAAUGUGAGCGAAUGGUUGGCUGGUUGACAGCUGUCAUUCGAAUAACUUAACAGUGACAUACAUGACUCAUAAGUAUUGCACACUCGAAAGUUAUUUGUUGUGAGGUAAAGCCAUUAUUUGGCCUUUGGUUGGUUUGAAUCGGUAUGCGGUAUGCCAACUUGUUAGGGUAACAUCGGUCUAAGUAGGAAGAAAAGAAACGGGAAUAAAACGGGGUGUGUUCGUUCUCCGAAAGUUUUACACGUUUAAACUAAUAGUUAAUGGAUUUGCUAAGUUGUCGGCUAUUUUAAUUGCACCAUUUUUUACUGUUGACAUAAUAAAUCAUUCACACAGCUUGUCGCACCGUUCUUUAAUUACUAAUCGGACUAGGGUAUCAGAGAGAUGUCCAGGCAUUUUUUCGACAUCGCUGGAAUGGCAUCGAGUUCCGUUAGUCAGGAAGACUUUGAGAACGACUUUGAACUUACGUCCCGUCGAUCCAGAAUCCGAACCGCUAGAGCCCGAGUCGUCCCACCCAGAACUGGCGAUGCUGCCUUGAGCAAUUAUCAAAUUACAUCAUUACCGGUUUCAGAGGCUGCAGGAGACGUUGAGGAGAUAUGCGAUUUAGGCUCCAAUUGUGUUAUUUUACCGGAACAUGAUAAUCAACAAAAUAAACCAAUCAUGAGAAAACAAGAUAAACGCCUGACCAAUCGACCAACACACAUAAACAAAGGUAAACAACAACGAGACAGAAGAAAGCUGAGAGAAAAACGACGUAGCACUGGAGUUGUGCAUUUGCCAUCGACCGAGAGUACAGGCGGCAGCACUGGUGAAGAUGAGGAGGAGAUCGGCGGAACUUGCCCCGAAACCAAGCAAAAUACCCAUCACAAUGAAUUUCUCGAUCAAGAACUUGUAGAGGAAAAGACCAUCAAGACGUACACACAGAGACGAGAUAAAAGCCACUCUGAUCUCGAAGCUGAUGACGAAGAAUUCGAUUCCUUGAACCAAUCAGACAGCGUAAACCAAUCGGAUCAGGGUAAUCAGAACGAGGUACAAACCUCACCGACAACGAGCAAACCCAAAACGCCUGUUUCAACUGGGGACAAAUUGGAUUUCUUACAGCUGGUUGAGCUUGCUCAGAAAGAGAACAGACGACUCUUGUCUCUCCUGGAGGAGAGAGACCGUAAAAUCACGGCUCUUGAAGCUCGUUUAACCCAUCAGCAGAACGAAAUGGCCCUAGAAAGGCAACGUCUCAGAGAAGAGAAUACUGCAUUGAUAAGAGCAAUGGCUGCUCUCGCUAGUAACUAGUUACUCUUCGUCAAUCAAACUUUCUUACAUCCAUGUCAGAAGCAACGAUAACAAGAGUUAAAAUAUCGAUUCUGGACGACCCACUUAAUUCCUAAAAAUGUAUUUGCUGAUAAAU